AUGGCAGAGGGUAGAAAUGAAGAAGCUAAGGAGAUGCGGCAUAGAAACUCUACGAUGAAGAUGAACGACACACCAGACUGGGACACUAUAGAUCGAGACUGGGGCACUAUAGAUAGGACGGAGGUAGAUGACUCACGAGAUUUGGUGAAGAUAGUCUUGUUGAGGGUCAUAGAGAAACCAAGUGUUGUGAGGAUUCAAGAACCAGCAGUUUUCGCUGGAGUUGAAGAAGAGGUCCAAUGGAUCCAAAGAGAGUUGAUGCACGCUCGGCUAACAUAUAGUUAUGUCCCAGAACAAUUAAUGGAUGUUGCCUAUGAUUUUGAAGAUGUGAUUGAUGACCUUAUACUCAGAUCAGCCGCAAAGCAAAGGAGAAUAGGAAACUGGAAGAGGUCGCUUUUGUUAAUAAGAAUUCACAUGAAGCUGGAAUUGAUCAUGUCUAAGAUCCCUGCUCUUCCUCAUCUCCCAUAUUGUAUGGAAGCACAUAGUGCCUGGCCUUUUAACUACAGUAUUGAAGAAAUAGUCUGGUCAGACAUCUUCUUGAUACAUGGUCAGAGUGUGGCAAACACGGUUGUUUCCCCAGUGGAAGAGAAGGUAUCAGCUCUGCUAACUCAGGAGGCAAUUCAUCCCUAUACCAAGAAGAAGGCCAUGCGGGUACUAGACAAACUCAGGUCUCUGAAUGGUUUUCUCAAAGGCUUAGAAUCAGUAGAAUUAAAUGAUGGUGGAAUGGUUUGGAUGGAGGAGCUGUCCCAUGUUUGCCUGUCUGCUGUAAUAGCCAUUGAGGACUUCAUCAACAGAACACAACAGCUCACAAAAAGAAGUUGGAUGGGACCUUCCAAGGGAUUUCUUUCGGCUUUUGGCAAAUUCAAAUCUCAGGAUAAGCUUGCUGUGGAGAUGGACAAAAUAUAUGCCAAGAUCCAAAACCUCUCUAUCCACCGGCCAACAGCAGUCAACCCACAAGGUCAAAGUAGGAACCCAAAGUCUACCUUGGGUUCUACCGCCCGAAUCCCACGACAGCCAACAACGCAAGAACCUGAUCUCGCCAGCUUUGGUGAUGAUGUUCAUGCAAUGAUAGCACGGUUGCUUACAGAUGAUGAGAGUUUCAGAGUGAUUCCAAUUAUGGGUAUGCAAGGCAUUGGAAAGACAACCCUAGCAAAUUUGAUCUUCAACCAUAAAGCUGUUGUGGAUCAUUUCCCCAUUGCUCUUAGGAGGUCAGAUGGCUGUCGACUUCAGCUUCGUAACAAGGAAGAAUUGAUGGAGUCCGAUCUAAGUCAAUUGGGAGAUGUGUGGAGUUAUGAUGACGAGAUGCAACGGCUGAAAGCUUUCUUGAUUAAUAACAGGUCUCUCACAGUUCUAGAUGAUUCGCAUCUCUUGUACGACAUGCUAGAAGUGCUUCCAGAUACAUUAAAUGGCAGUAGAAUGAUUUUGACUACUUGCGAAACAAUCCUACCGCUAAAUCUCAAAAUGAAGAGUGAUCCUCACCAACUGCGGUUACGGACAGAUGAGGAGAGUUGGGCAUUGUUUACCCAUGCCUUGAAAUUUAGCAUACCCCCAGAAUUGCUAAAGCUGAAAGACGAAAUUGCAAAAAGAUGUGGGGGGCUGCCACUGCUGAUUGUAAAAUUGGCAGAAGCACUCUCACACAAGGAUGCAACCCUUGAGGAGUGGUCCACUGCACUUCAACAAUUUCAUCAUGACCAACAGCAACUUUGGCCCAGUACCCUCUACAAGAUCCAUAAGGAUUUGUCCUUGUACAUGAGGAGAUGUCUAUUUUAUUUCACUCUAUUUCCUCAAGAUUUUGAUAUUCCGGCAAGAAGAUUGAUAACAUUGUGGGUUGCAGAGGACUUGGUACAGCCAGAGGGCGAGAAUGAAACUCCAGAAGAUGUUGCAGAAAGGUGUUUGAAUUUGUUGAUAGCCCAGGGAAUGGUUCAAGUGACAAAGAAGAAGCUUAAUGGGAAUGUUAAAAUGGUGCGAUUGCCGGAUGCCCUAAGACAAUAUUAG